AGCAGAAACACGUGGAGCAGAGCACUGGGAGGGGAGCCGAGGAGCACCAGCAGGAUGACAGACGUGGAUACAAGUAUGGAUUCUGUGAGCUAUCCGGAGCAGCCACAACCAGCAGCUCUGACAUCUUCUGGAGCAUCUUUUCUCUUAAAAGCGUCAGCCUCUGAUGGCCGGAACGAUGAGAGCGCACAUAGAUCUUAGUGUAUGCUCUUCAAAAAGAGUCACAGAGCCUCACUCUUGUGCUGCCAAAUAUCAGCAUUGUAAGGAAGAGGAGGAGCCACAGUCAGAAGGUAUUGAUCAGACCGAUCUCCAACAGGAGGACAACAAUGCAGAGAAUAUAAUAAAGAUAAAAAAUGAAUCCGCAGAGGCAGGAGCAGCCAAGCAGUCAGAAGGUAUUGAUUUAUCCUAUGGAUAUGGAGCAGAGUGUGCAUCCUACAACAGCAUCCAGCUGGAUCGACAUGACACAUCAUAUGAUCUCAACAGACCCAACCUGGGGAAGCUGUACUGUGACAUUUGUGGACUAGCAUGCAAUAGCCUCAACGUUUUACUAGUGCACAAAAGAAGCCAUACAGGGGAACGUCCUUUCCAGUGCAAUCAAUGUGGAGCUUCAUUCACCCAGAAAGGGAACUUGCUCCGACAUGGCAAGCUACACACUGGAGAGAAGCCUUUUAAAUGUCACUUGUGCAGCUAUGCCUGCCAAAGGAGAGAUGCCUUGUCCGGACAUCUUCGCACACAUUCGGUGGAGAAACCUUUCAAAUGUGAAUUCUGUGGACGUAGCUAUAAGCAGCGCAGCUCUCUGGAGGAACACAAGGAGCGAUGUCGUGUUUUUCUGCAAAAUGUUAGCGAGUCUGCUAUUGAGGAACCCAAGCAGAUGAAACCGGAAAUGGGGAGUAAUCGGGCGCUGGUACUGGACCGAUUAGCCAGCAAUGUUGCAAAAAGGAAAAGCUCUAUGCCACAAAAAUUUAUUGGAGAGAAGAGACAAUGUUUUGAAGUUCCCUACAACAGUUUCUUGUAUGAUAAAGAUCAUAAUGUGAUUCCUCAAAGGAUGCUGGAGCAGAAUAUAGGAAAUCCAAUGGCCUACCUUGGUCCAGGGGUUUUACGUCCUGUAAUUCACACUCCACCCACUCCAACUGCAGAAAUGGUACCUGUUAUUAGCAGCCUUUACCCAGUACAGCUCACGCAUGUUGAUAUUUCCAAUGGCCAUCUUCCCUCUCAGCCGCUUAGAGAAAAGAAGCAAGUUCCAGAACAGGGUAGGUCCCCAUGUGCCAAUGCUCAAGACUCAACUGAUACAGACAGCAGUCAUGAAGAAAGAGCAUCCUAUCCACCCAACCUAAAUACUACUGCAGUUCGGACAAACAGUGCACUUCAACCCCCCAAGGAGCAUGCUAGGGUCUUUGAGCCCUUGAAACAUCCGGGGUUAUCUCAGCAUGAUCUUCUGCAGCUGUUGAGUAAAGAUGGGUUCCCGAUUGGGGUGUAUCGCUGUGACCAUUGUUGCGUUUUUUUUCUGGAUUAUGUCAUGUUUACCAUCCACAUGGGAUGCCAUGGAUUUCGAGACCCCUUUGAGUGCAAUAUGUGUGGACAUAGAAGCCAGGACCGAUAUGAGUUCUCAUCCCAUAUUGCACGUGGUGAACACCGCCUUUGUAUGAAUUAGCAGCCUUACCAACUGAUUCUAUGUUGAGGAUAAAUCAGUUGCCAAGUCAUUGUUACGUAUACAACAUCAGACAAAUGGCAGCAAGAGUAUAAGAUGAUAAAGGCUGCAGUGUGUUUGUGUUCAUCCUUAAAAGCUUUAUUGGUACUCAAUGCAGAUAUCUUGACUAUUUCAAUCUAUUGCAAUCUAAAGGGAAUCUGUUAUCACAAUUCUGAACUAUUAUCUGCAGUAAUACAUGAGUAGUAGUGCACAUAGGGAGUAUGUGAUGUGGUAACAUAAUGUAGAAGACUCAUCCACAUGCACAUCAGUCCUAUCAAUUUAUUUCAGUGCAGCUUUAAACCUUGAUAAAAGCCUAAUUAAUAAAGGCCAAUAGACCGAAACGUUAAAUCUGUUUGCUAUGAUUCUGUUUCUAUGCAGUGGCCGGGUUUUGGGUAGCCCCAAUGCUCCGCUGGGUCCCCAGGACACCAUUCAGAUUUCACCAUGUGUUGCUGCUCUCCAGAAGGGCAGAAGGGAUGGUAAGGUGUGGUGCACCCCAAUGGGAAAUAAGUCCAGAGAGUCAGGGACUGUAGUAAACCAUUGUGCUUUUUUACUGGAGGAAGUCACAUGUAAAACAAUACAGGUGAGGCAUAGGGCUGGCUUCUCUAGUUUUCUCCCUGUGAGAAGAAGGGUUUGAUGUUGAGGAAAGGCCUGAGCUAGCUGUCCCUAUCUCUGUCAGAAGGCUGGUACACUGGCCAAAGGCUGGUGAUCCAAGUUCUGUCGCAGAGUAUUCCAUCUCAGCGUCAUCUCCUGAUCACUGAAUAGACUGGCAGAGUCUCCCCUCCCGAUUAUUUUUGUUGUAACUUUAUUAUUUUCUGAUACAUGCAUUGAUUUAAGACAUUACUAUUGGACUGUAGUCAUACUAGGUCUCUUCUCGGGUGGUGGUAUCUAUCCCUUGUGAAAAGGGUUUUUAGAGUAGGGUUUUUAGUGAAAAAUUUUAGAGUAGGAACAAGCAGGGAAGCUGUCGGCCAGGGAAGAAGGAGUGAGGAGCUGUAGCUACUGUGCCUUCUAGCAGAACUGCAGCUACUGCAAAUCUCAAAAGCAGCUACCUGCAAGGACAAUCUUUUAUUUGUUUCCCAUUUUCACAGAAAUCCUUUUUUUUGGCAGGUGUUCUCCAACUACAGAACACUAGGGGCUCUGACUGCUCUCCGAAUAUACAGUUUCUGGCUAAACUACAACCUUAUAGAGAGAGGGGUGUAGAGGAGAAACUCAGCACAAACAAAUACAAUGUUAAAACUUCUGUCUCCCAUAGACUAACCUUAAUGCUUCAGUGAUGGCAAUGACACAAAUCUAGACACCUAUUUUUGAACUGUCUGUGGGAGUGCUGCUUCAACUUUGUACUCCAGCUUUAAACCCUGACAGUUGGAGAAUGGGGAGCAAUAAGAAAAUUAUCUGGACUCCUUAUCUUUAGUACUUCUUAUGUAUUACUGCAGAUAAUAAUCCAAGAUCAUUGUGACAGAUUCCUUUUAAAGCCUUAAAUUAAAAUAUGUUUACUUUGUAGGCCUUUUCCUGUAAAUUAUACUUGUACAAAGUUGUCAAAUGUUGAGUGAGAAGCACUGGAGAUACUGUUUUUUGAUACUUCCCUUUUUAUAAUAUCGGGUGUUACUAUUUUAUAUGUGUUUUGAUAUAAUGUUACCCAUUUGGUAAACCAUCUAGUUAUUUUCUGUUGUUCUGAACAUUACCAUGAUUGAAGACAAUAAUUUGUUUGACUCUUCUCUGCUGAGUAAGAUAUUAGGUUGAAUAUUAUCAAUUAUUAAAGUCUAUCUACUGCCAAAAAUAUAAAUCUCAGUUGGGGCUGGAUAUUUGACCAAAUAUUACCCUUUCCUUACUGUAUAGUAUAACAUUACCUCUGUAGACCCAAUUAAGUAUUUCACUGUAUUUUUGCAGUUUAACAGAAAAAGCAAAUAAACCACACAGUAAAUUGUAAAGUCUCAGAAUGGUAUACAUUGAUGGUGAAUACAAAACAUUAA